AUGCAACCCGUUGUCAUUAUCGGAGGAGGUCCUGUCGGGCUAGUUUCUUCUAUCUUGUUAUCUCUUCAAAAUAUCCCCCACAUUCUCUUUGAACGCCACCCGUCUACUUCUAUCCAUCCCAAAGCUUGUGGCUUGAACCAACGCACCAUUGAAAUAUUCCGACACAUCGGCAUUGAAGCAGAGGUACUGAAGGAGAGUGCCCCAAGAAACACGUAUACUCGCACUGCCUGGUAUACGAGUUUCGGCCCCAAUGGGAGAGAAAUUCACUCCCGGGAUGCGUGGGGCGGGGGCAAAUAUGAAGCUGCCUUCGCCAGUGCCAGUCCGUCACCAUAUGUUAUACUCCCACAGAUCCGCCUGGAGCCAAUCUUGCAGCGACGCGCACUGAAACUCAACCCAGAUGGGUUGAAAUAUGGGUGUGAAGUCCUAGGGAUUGAUGAAAAAGACGAUCACGUCAUUGUGAGCGUUCGCCGUGCUGAUGGCGUUGCAUACGAAAUGGUAGCGAGAUACGUGCUGGGUGCUGAUGGGGGAAGAGCGGUGACAGAUUGGCUUGGUAUUCAAUGGCAGGGCGAGAAAGAGAUUUUUGACAUGGUCUCGGCGCAUUUCCGGGCACCUCUUUCGCGUCAUCAUCCAGAUCCUAGGGUCUUCAUCAGCUGGUUUAUCAACCCUGCAACAGGUGGUAGUAUCAAAUCUGGUUAUCUGUAUCAUCUGGGGCCUUACCCCUCCAAUCCAGAGACGGAGGAGUGGUGUUUUGGAUGUGCGAUGCUUCCAGAAGACCCCGAACGAUUUGAUACCAAGUCGACAAUAGAAAGAAUUGGCAGAACGCUCAGCAUUGAUGACCUCGAGAUUGAUCUACAGAGUGUAAAUCAUUGGUUUGUGACUAGCAUUGUUGCGGAGCGGUUCCGAAGCAAGACCGGAAAUGUCUUUCUUGUUGGUGACGCCGCCCAUCGCAUUCCACCGUGGGGAGCCCUUGGUCUCAACACAGGAAUCCAAGAAGCGUUUAAUGUGAUCUGGAAAUUAGGCUUCGUGUUAAGAGGCCAUGUCAAAACACCUGAGGCUUUGUUAGAUACAUAUGACCAGGAGCGCCGCCCAAUCGCCCAACGUGUCGCGAAAUCUAGUCUUUACAACUUGAAAAGCCAUGGUGGAGCUAUGGACAGGGCCGUUGGUCUCUCGACGGACCAGACCCACGAGGAAAACCAACAGGCUAUUGAUGUUUGCCUUGAUCCCGAUCAUUCAGAUAAUCCUCGGGUCAGGGCGGCGAUUGAAAAAGCCCAAAAAGUGCUAGACAGUGAAUUUGGUGCACACGGCGCGGAGAUAGGCUGGUUCUAUCCCUCGGCAGACAUUGAUAACGAAGGAGAGCGAACAAAUCAUGAUGGACAGAUCAAGCCAGAUGGCACCCUCGAUGAUCUUAUUUACCACCCUUCGACCAUUCCUGGCCAUCAUCUUCCUCAUGCCUGGCUCCAACGUGAGAGCUCGAUUUCAUCCACCAGAGAUCUACUGGAUACACAUAGAUUUACAUUGAUCACUGAAUCCGUAGCCCAGUGGGAGUGGGUUUCACAGCAUAGUUGCCCCAUCAAGAUCGAGAUUGUCGAUGAUCUCGGAGGGUGGACAGACCGUGAUGGAACUUGGCGGAAACUCUGUGGUGUAUCGCAAAGGGGAGCUGUUCUAGUUCGUCCAGACGGUAUAGUCGCAUGGCGCGGCGAUGAUCGUGAUGUCAAGCUCUCGUCAAUUCUUGAUGAUUUUGACUUCCCAGGCAAAACGUUUACGGCUUCAUUGUAA